AUGACAUCGUCUACUAUUAAAAACAACAACAACAAUAAUACAGACAAUAACAAUAGGUUAAUAACAGAUACCGUUCAACAACAGAUGACAUCUUGUGAAAGCAACAAUAGCAACAAUAGCCAUAGUAACAAAUCCACCUCCCGGAACUACCAAGUGGCAACACCGAAAUCUCCUCAUGAUUUAGUUACACUUUCAUCUACUGAUGAUCAUGAAAACCUAACGGUCGAUUGUUUUCGAACAAAUUAUAUUCCUAUAGAUCUAAUGGAAGAUCAGACACACUCAGCUAUAAAUAAAGAUAGUGAAGAGAUAGAACGAAUGAAAUAUAGUUCUGUAAAGAGUGAAUUAUUGGAUAUCGUAAAUUUACAGUGUCUCCUUUCACGAAAGGAGAAAGACAAUAUUAGAAAUGAGAUUAAUAGAAUUGAUGCCCAAAUCGAAUUGAUAAAACAAUUGCAUAAUGAUAAUACAUUAUAUUCGAAAAUAGAUAAAUAUAAACAAGAACAAAUUGAAAUAAAUAAAAAAAUGCUACGCGCAAGAAGUCUUCAAGAAAAAUGGCAAGAUCAUGUAUUUCCUUCAGGAUCUUUACAACUCAAUAUGGGUGGUUCCAUACAUAUACCUAAACAUCAUUAUCAAACAAGAAGUAAAAGUCAUGGAAAUCUUUUGGAUACUGAAUUAUUUGAACCAGAAGAUGAUUCUAUAUUGAAUGAAAGAUCAACCAAGCGUCAAAAACUUGCAAAUACCACUACACCAUCCAUAACAAAUUCACAGGAUUCAACGAAAAGUAUCCUGAAGAGCGGUAAAAAGACUACUAAAUCAAAUGGAUUCGAAAUCCAUAAAUUUACCCCUAACCAAAUGAAUACUCACCAUAGAAGAGUAUAUUCAACAUCAUGCUUAUCGAAUAAUAGUGGUAUUAUUGGUCAAACUGAUGCAAAUGAACCAAUAUUUAGAAGAUAUGAUGGUAUAUUGGUAAUUAUCACUUGUAGUUUUUGUCAAAGAGCCAAUUUCACUUCUGCACAAGGCAUUGUUAAUCAUACUCGUUUAAAACAUCAUAAAACAUAUUCUAGUCAACCGCUGACUGUUCUUUUCAAUCAAAAUUUAUUACCUGAGGAUAAACAGGAUCCUGAAAUUUUAGCCAAAUUUAAAAAACUGAAUCUCGAUCCUCAUAAGGACUAUUUACCAUAUAAUAUUGCAAUUCCUACAAUGGAUAUAGCACCUAAAAUGGGAUCAUCAAAAAAUGCUCACUUAACUGAUCAUUUAAGCAUAGAAAAAAAUCAGAAGAAGAAGACAGAGAAUAAAGAAGUAUACACCGCACCACCUAAGAAAAUUGAGGUAAAUCAUUUGAAAGCACUAUACAAAGAAGAUGAUCUUGAUGAGCUGGUCAAUAUCAUUGAUGAAUCCAGAAAGGAUCUUCAAGUUAUAUUGGAUCAACCGAGUGAUGAUGAUGACGAGUCUGAAGAAGAGGAAAAAAUUGUUCAAGAUGAUGUUUCGAAGGAUGAAGACUAUGUCAGCAAUGAGAAUCCAAAAGACGAUUCUGAUGGAUCUGAUUAUGAUAAUGCUAAUAAUAACAGCGAUAUCGAAGAUGAAAACAAAGAAUCUUCAUUUUCGCCUGCAUCAUCACCUAUUGCAUCUGAUCUGGAAUCAACCACUCCCACUCAUCCAUUACAAAAUAAAUCACCACAAAUGUCAACUAGAGUGAGAAACCUAAGAAAAGUAAAUAUUGUUGAACCACCAAUCGAUGACAUGCAUAACAGGUUGCGCAGCAAAGUUACAAAGGACGCUACAGAUGAAAAUAAUGAUAUAACCAGAAGAUUGAGAAAUGCUGACACUAGUCAUGUAAAUAAUUUCGACGAAGGUGAUAUCACUCCUUUAGGAGAUGAAAGAAGCUCAGGACAUUACAAUUUAAGAUUGAGAUCUAAUCUUCGCCAGACCAGUAGAUAA